GAGGCGUCCGUCUAACCGGAGGGUCAUGGCAGCCCCAGAUCUCUUUAAAACUUUAUUAUACACGAUUAACAAUCUCCUGCAACAACACAAAUACAAAACUGCGCUGGCGGUCGUCAAAGGCUUCAGGAAUGGAGCCGUAUAUGGGGCUAAAAUUCGUGCCCCUCAUGCCCUAGUGAUGACGUUUCUGUUCAGAAGUGGCAGUCUGAGAGAGAAGUUCAGGGCGAUCGCUCAGGCCACGUACACUCACUCCAGGAAUCUAGCCUGCUUUGUGUUCACGUAUAAAGGCCUGCAGGCUCUCCAGCAGCACUUCCAGGGCAAACGGCUGCCGUCUCACUCGUUCCUGGCUGCCUGCGUCGGAGGAUGGCUGGUGUUCGGAGAAAACAACAACAUCAACAGCCAGAUAAACAUGUACCUGCUGUCCAGGAUCCUGUUCGCUUUGUCUCGGCUGGCCGUGGAAAAAGGCUUCGUCCCGCAGCCCAGGAAAGACCCGUUCCCGCUGUUCGCCACGCUGGUGUGGGGGAUCGUGCUCUGGUUGUUCGAGCACCAUCCUCACACGCUUCAGCCGUCCCUCCAGUCCUCCAUGAACUACCUCUACCACGACAGCAACACGUGGCAUGACAUCUCAGACUUUCUCAUCUAUAACAAACCAAAGGCCUGAUGCGGUGCCGACCGGUCUAAGCUCCUGCGUUAAACCAUAGCAUCUAAAGAAGAGACCGCUUUUAGUUUUUUGCUGUAUUGAAGGAUUUAAUUACCUUCAGAAUUCAGAGAUGUCUAACCCUUCCGUUACAGGUUGCACUGAUCGACUCCUUUGCACAUUAUCUUGAUUACGUUCGCUCCACUUUUAAUGAGAUUGACUCUCAUGUGUACUUACACUUAUGAUAACUUCAUUAAACCGUAAUGAAAAAGCGCUAACAUUUAUGUUAAAUCUCUUAAAAUUCAUUCUAGAAAAUGGAUUAUCUUGCAUUAAGCAAAUGUUUGAUUUUAAUGAUUUUUAAACAUGCUUUUUUUUUUUUGCAUAAUUGCAAUGAGAAUCAUCAGCUAAAACUUAAUUUUCUAUUUAAAUUCCCUGUUUUUCUUUGGUUUUUCGGGGGGUGAAAUACGACCCGGGUGUCAGUCUCUGGUGUUUUUGCUCAAUCUACAAUGUACUGUACUGUACUGUAAGUUAAUGGAAGUAGAUGGGACAGAUCUGACUACUGUUUUGUAUAACAGCACUUUUUGGUGUCACAUAAGUAACCUAACAAAUCAAAUCGAACAGACUGCAUUUAAUACUUAACCACAAGUAAUUGUGGUUUAAUUUGGAUUCUCAUCAUAGCGUUGCUAAACCGAGUAAAUACUUUUAUUUCUCUGUUAAAUGCAAAACUAUUAUUUUAUAAUGCAAGGGCCAAUAUGAUCAACAGUUUAGUACUUUGAAAUUUACACGUAAUUUUGUGCCAUUAUUUUUCCGUGUUGCGUUUAUGCGGAUUUGUUGUUGUAUCUAUUAAUUGAUUAAAUACAGAACCAGAA